AUGACCACUAGGGCGGCGUCACGCGCGAACGACGGCGACGAGCCCCCCGAUGGCGCCAGUGGCGAGCAGCAGCAAGGCGGUGCGCCCGCCGACACGGCAGCAGAAGGCGCGUUGGACCUCAACCAGCCCGCCGAGGGCUCACCUCCCGCCGCCGGGGGUGCACCACAGGGGCGCGCCCAAGGCGAAGGUGCCAGCGCCGGCGAGAGGCGCGGCAAUCAGCCGUCUGGCGACCAGCCCGACGCUCGGCGUGGAGGCCUGCAGGACGGAGGUCAACCCACCUUUGCCGACAUGGGCCAGCUCAUCCGUAGCAUGACGGAGAGCAAUCGGGCCAUAGCCCAGAGCAUAACCUCUAGCAUCACCUCCGCCCUUGGCAAUGAACCUAGGGCUGACGAGGGCAGGGCCGCCCGCACAUCCCUCUCGGCUCGAGUGACCCGCACGUACGACGACGGGAUCCCAAGGCUCGAGGGGGAGAAUAUCACGCCCCAGCUUAUGGCCGAAUGGGGCGCAAAGGAGCUCGAGGCGCACAAGUCGAGCCUCCAAGAAGGACUGAAGUAUAUUUGUGCCGCCAUCGGAGAUAGCGAGCUCAAACAGUCCCUCGCCCAACGAGCUGGGAAUAAUGGCGUGCGCGCGAUGGAGCUUCUCAAUACGCUGACGGCCCGCACCGGCAGGGAGGCGGCGCUGACCGCCUCCCCCGCCUGGAGAUCGUGCAGACUCUCCUACAACCACGCUGCACCCAAGACUGGGAUCAACUGGUCGGACGGACAAGGGAGGAAGAAGGAGAAAAAGGGAAAAUCGCUCGCGAGUGGACAGCACCGGCGCAAAU